CGAGUAGCGGAUACUGUAAUGUAUGAUCACAUGAUUGACUAGUUGUACAGGAGUUUCGAUUUUGAAGCAGCAUUUCGUCUCGAUUUACCAGCCGAGCAGAUGUACGUAUUAGAUUUUGGUCUUCAUCCAUGCACACCGAUUCAGGGCCAAUACCCAGGAUAAAGCCUACUUGCAUAGUCUUAGUCAAACGAAGGAAGACUAUAACAGUAGGGAGAAAUCACGGCGCUGAACACGAAGAACACAACAGCACGUUCUCGACCUUCUUCACCACCUCCUUUACAAGGAUACCGGUACCACUAUACAUCACAAGAUGUCGUCGUCACCGGGACGAACUCGCGGCCACCAUCCGAUGAUUCCUCCCCCAGGCUACCGCUUCGUACCGAAGCAGCAGCACGUCUGUGGCCAAGCUGGGUGCUUCACUUGCUACGACAUAUGGUGCGAGCGGUGCGAGUCUAAGGAUCGCCGCAUUCUGGAACUAGAAAUGCGCAACAAUGAGCUCGUAAAGCACAUCACACUCCUGCAAGCGAAGCUAUUUCCUCGCGGAGGUUCGCCAAGCGCAGGCAGUGCGCCAUCUGCCCCAACUAAAGGGUGA